UCUUAUGUUCGUAUGUUCUAGUUCUGCCAACGGUGAUAUUGAGCAUUUUGAACUUAACCGCUAGAUGGCGGUAGCCGGCAUUGUCUCCUCUUUUUCCAGUGUGAUGAACGCAGCGGGCCGGAGGUCAGAGUUGAAUGUUUGACAGAAAGCUGAAUAUGGAUUCCAUAUUUCACGAGAAACAAGAGGGAUCCCUGUGUGCCCAGCACUGCCUUAAUAAUCUAUUACAGGGUGAGUAUUUCACUCCUGUGGAUCUGUCCUCCAUCGCUCAUCAGCUUGAUGAAGAGGAGAGGAUGAGGAUGGCAGAGGGAGGUAUGGGCAGUGAAGAGUACAGGACCUUUUUACAGCAACCAUCUGGGAACAUGGAUGACAGUGGCUUCUUUUCAAUACAAGUUAUUAGCAAUGCCUUGGGAGUGUGGGGCCUAGAACUAAUUCUCUUCAACAGCAGGGAGUACCAGAGCUUAAUGAUAAACCCAAUAAAUGAAAAAGCCUUCAUUUGCAAUUACAAGGAGCACUGGUUUACUAUACGGAAGCUUGGACAACAGUGGUUUAAUCUGAAUUCACUGCUGACUGGACCCGAGCUGAUAUCAGACACCUAUCUAGCACUUUUCCUUGCACAGCUACAACAAGAAGGUUAUUCCAUAUUUGUGAUUAGAGGAAACCUCCCUGAGUGUGAAGCAGAGCAAAUCCUUGGGAUCAUGAGAGUGCAGCAGCUGCAGCGGCCCAGGCUCAUCGGUGAAGAUGAGGCCCAGACAAGUGCAGGCAGGUCAGCCGCUCUUGGCCAUUCACAGAUGGGCUUCCCUCCGCAAGAUGAGGUUGUGGAUGAGGAUGAAGAACUGAAGAGAGCUCUGGCUCUCAGCAGACAAGACAUGGAGGUGGAGGAUGAGGAGGCUGAUCUACGCAGGGCCAUACAACUUAGCAUGCAGGGAGCUGGAGUGAGUAAUCAAUCUUCAGUAAUUGAAGCAGGAAGUCGAAGAUUAGAGAAUCAGGCCACGGGAGGUUCAACAGGACAACAGGGUCUUAGCGACAACCUUUCAGCUGAAGAACUUAGAAAGAGGAGACAGGCCUACUUUGAAAGACAGCAGCAGCAUCAAGCUCAGCAGCACAUUCCGGACACAAGAUCAACAGGUGACUCAGGAUCUGUAACCACUGACUCGGCUAAGGAUCAACAACCAAAACAGAGCCAGUGAAGUUGCGACAGGUAUAAGUCUGUUUGUUUACCAGCUGCCUGGACUUGCACACCCCCGGGGGGUAGCUCCGCUCCUUCCUCUAACCUUUUGCACGUGCGAACAUAAGGACAGUCCAAAGGCUGACACGUUUUCCCCGUUAGUUCGCUACAGAGGCUACAGAGAAGAGACUGCAAAGUAAAGGCAUCAGCCAGUGUAAUCUGACUAGGUUUAGGGUACUAAAGCUGGGUAAAGGGUGACCACAUGACUGGAGACACAGUUAAUCCAAGUUUUGAAUUGCUUUUGUAACACGGCGCCUUCUGUUUUUAAUUGUCCUUCUUUAGUCUUGUAUUUUUUUCUGGAAUUCUCUGGAAAGGAUAGCAUUUAAAUACAGCGUUCAAAGAUAUUUAGGCUGUAAAAGCAAAAUGAGACCAAUGUUUAAACCUUAGUUACAAGCUUUGUUGGAUAACAACAGGGCCCCAGGAAGAUCUUCAUAGUGGAUUUAGUUGUGAACAACAUUAAAAUGUGGUUUCAGUGUCAGUCCAAACACCAGUGACUGUGGUUUGGAAAUUGUAUUUUUUUUUUGACCAACAGCAUUUGUAUUUUAUUCCUGAGAGUGUCUGCCAUUUUACUUGAACCUUAAUUUCAACCACAUUUUUGACUUUGUGGCGAUUUGUCUUUAGGCCUGUAAGCAGUAAUCAUGUGGUAAAAUAGUAUAAAGCUAUGUGUUGAAUCUAAGGACUCAUCACCAAUAAUUUUCAACUGUUGUCCGAAAUAUGUCAAGGGGAGGGGAACGGAGUAAAAGAGAAAAAAUCAUGAUGAAACUGUAGCUGGUAAAUGCAUUGUGGUUUUCGAGCACAGUAUCAUCACUAAAACCAAAAUGGUUAGACAUAAUUACGUUUCCUAAAGUAGUAUUUGAGAAUUAUGUCUCUUAAGUAUUUGACAUAGGGAGAUGUAUUUAAAGAAAAGUACCAUUAAACUCACACCCUUCCAAAUACUUCCUGUAUUCCAAUCAUGUAUAGAUCAGUGUUAUACAUGUCAGCUGUACAAAGAUGCAUCCAUUUGCACUAAGGUUGAUGUGGGUAAAAUGAAAACAAUGCAUUAUUCAUUAUUGAAGUACAGAACAAUUGUAAUAAUGAAACUUUGGAUGUGUAUAUUUCAACAUCCAGUUAAUCAAAUCACAACGUCAAAAGUGUCUGGAAAAUAAACCCUGCUCAUAGUGGACUGUACCUGACAGUGUUUACAGUUGGAGUUAGGGAUGCACAUAGUAAAAUGAAGAAUAUAAUUUUGACAAAUGACAUUAAAGUUUAUUGUGAUUGUUAGAUAAUUCUAAACACUCUUAGCCCCUAAUCACUGUGUUUUAGAAUGAUCAAGUAUUCAGAUCCAGGAUUUUUUUUUUUGUCAAAGAAAUUUAAAAAUACGCUGUACUUCCAUAUUUUGAGAAAACAUUCUGUUAGGGUGACAAAUGUUACAAAAUUACAAUUAAGUACACGAAAGUGAAAUGUUAAAAAUCAAGCAUUAAUGUGAACAAAGAAAUAGGGCUCUCUUAGAUCUUCUCAUACAGAAUACAACACUCACAUAUAGCAGACAAACUUGUUUUUUUAGAUGUACACGUGUGCAUGUCUUUACCAUUUUUUCCUUUGUAUUACAGCCUUAUGCAACUUGUUGUUCUGUUACUAGCUGUGACUGCAAAAAACCAGCCUUAGGCACUGAAACUUUCUAUCCUGUUUUAUUAUUGUUGUCAACAAGCAAAAUUCUUGGCUGAUGUGAAGUGUGUAUUUCCUGAUGCAUCGUUCAUUCCUCGUUGUUUCUAAAACAGUGAUUCUCAACACAAUUAUCCCUGGGAUCUGAAUUGUAAUUCAAUUUUUUUAAGCAUUUAUUCUUACUGACUGAAAAUGAUCCCUUUACACUCGAUAUGGAAAUGCUGGGAUUCAGUACAAAGAUGUUUCCUUCGUAUUAAAAAGCAAAUGGAGGAUUGAUAAAUGUCCGAUCAACGUGUCUUUAUCUCCUUUUUGAACAAAGGAGAAGAUCUUAAAGUGGUGACUGACCCAACUGGACGAAACUGCUUAAAGCUGUCCAGCUGGGCCCAUAUCGUUCUGUUUUGUGACCCAUGCUCGGUCCACAAACCCCCUAUUUGAGAAACACUGUUUUUAAACACUACACCUAAACACACCUGUAUGUCUCUACAAAAGCGCUGAAAGUCAUGUAAGGUGUGUGAGUUUGUUUGUAUAUUUUUUUUUUCAUUUAACUUCUAUAAAACACGCUUUGGAGACAGUAUAAAUGUUAUUGGUAAGGUUUUUAGCUCCGCAGCACAUUCACUCACUGCAUUCUAACAAUUAAUAUCGUUUAACUCGUUAUUUUUGUUUCUAUUUCACAUAUAACCACAGGACAUGUUUGAAAUUUUAUGUGCUGAAUAUUCUUCCUGGAUUAAAGUUAUUUUCACUCAAUAACUAUGUCAUGUGGUUUCUUGAUUAGUGUAUGUGCUGAUAGGUGCUGCUAGUUCUUGUGACGUCACUGCUAGAAAAGAGGCCACGAAUGUUAAAUAAACAGCUGUGGGUCCAUCAGGAUCAACAUUACAGGCUGGGACGUCAUGGUUAAUAUGUAACACAGAGAGCACACUUGUACUUUGUCUCCCCAAAUAAUAGAUGGAGCUUUAGACCCAGUCUUUGUGGAACUGGAUGGUUUUUAAAUCUUUGCAGGCUGCUGUUAUGGUUGUAAACAGGUUGACGAUGGGAUUCACUAUAACUCUAACGUUCAUGUGCUUCCUUAUUCCCGUGCACCAAGCAACUCCAACCAUCUCACAACUUUCCGUUAAGAAUAUGGACUUUGCUAUGAACCUGUACAGAAAGAUCUCCAGUUAUCAUGACAAGAACAUCUUUUUCUCACCUUUGAGCAUCUCUAACAGUUUUGCUGCUCUCUCGAUGGCCUCUGGCGGCGUCACCCAUGAGGAGCUACUCAGGGGUCUGAACCUGCAACAGCUGGAGAGCGUAAACCAGCCAGAACUUAUUCCAAAACUGUUCCAGCUCCUUCAUGAGAAUAUCACCAAGAAUGGAUCGCUGAAGCUGGACCAAGCCAUGGCUAUGUUUAUGGAGCGUCAUUUU